AUGGAAAAGGAUCAUGCUAACCGCUCUAAGCAGCUUGCUUUUAGCCUCUCAAAAUUUGAUGACUGGAAAGUCAGAAUGCAGGCUCUUCUCUCCUCAAUACAUGACGAAAUGUGGGAUGUAAUAACCACAGGACCAAUCACAGUCAUGAUGGCAAACACACAAGCUGCAGCUCAAGGAGCAGGUGCUGCGCAGAUGGUACCGAAACCAAAGGAUCAACUCACCUCGGAGGAAAGAACAAGGGCGAACUUGGAUAAUGUGGCACGAAACAUUCUCUACAACUCUCUCGAUGAUUCCUUGUUCCCCAGAGUCCGAAAAUGCAAAAAUGCUAUGGAGAUGUGGAAUGUUCUGAUGAACCUGGGUGAAGGAGAUGAACAGGAGAAGGACAAUAAACUGAAAGUGGCCAUGAAGAAGUUUGAGGACUUCAAGAUGCUGCGGAAUGAAGUUAUCACGGACAUGGAAUUGAGGUUCACCAGACUCAUGGGUGAUCUGUCAGAUCUCGGGAAGGAAUUGACUGAGAAAGAAAAGAACCUGAAGAUUCUUCGUGGUCUGCCGAAGUCUUGGGAAAUGAAAGUCAUUGCAAUGAGAGAUAACCGAGACAUGAAGACUACAAGCACAGCCAAGAUCUUCAGUGAUCUUAAGGCUUACGAAUUUGAGCAUGAACCGAAAGAUGCUGCAGAACCUGAAACGAGAAACAUAGCUCUCGUGGCCAACCAGCAAGCAUCAACAUCUAACAGGUCAAAAUCUAAAUCUUGUGAAUUUUUAUCUGACGAACAAUAUGCCUUAUUUGUUAGGAAGAUGAAGAGGUUUAUGAGGAAGAACAACUUCCAAGAUUCUCACCGUUCGGGACACCGAAGGCAACACGAGAGUUCACCUCAAACCUCAAAGCCAGAAAUUUCAGACUCGCAAUUGCUGUGCUACAACUGUCGAAAGCCAGGACACUUCAAGGCAAACUGUCCCCAUCCAAUUGUGAGCAAGUACCAAGACGACAGUGCUACCAAAAGCUCAUCCAAAGAAUCUGGAGAAAGCUACAAAAGAAAUGAUAAGCCAGAAUCAUCGAACUCCAGAAAUGAAAGAAGAAGAAAAUCCAUGGCAGUUAACGAACCAUUUGACACUAUUGAAGCCGAAAGCAGUUCCUCAAGCUCAAGUUCGGAGGACGAAAGUACCGAAGAAGAAAAAGGGCUGCUAUGUCUGUUUAGUCAAGAGUCAGAAGAGCUAUGCCUUAUGGCCGAUGAUGAUGAGGUAAAUUCCCAAUCAUCCUCCUGUUAUUCAGCAGAGUCUAGUUCUAUAAGAAGUCAAACUUCCAAUGAAUCAGUUACUAAAAUGAUGAGGAAGUUCAAUAUAAUAAAAAACACAUACUCUAAACUGAAGGAGGAGAACUCUCGGCUUAUGAUUAGCUACAAUGCGCUAAGGCAAGUUCGAAUUGAGAACAUAAAGCUAGCCAUUGCUAAGAAGCAACUUGAGGAAAAUGUUCUCGCUCUGAAAGAGCAGUGUACAGAAAGAGAAAAGAGAGAGCAACAAUUACGUGAAGUCUUGAAUAAAUUCAACAAUUCAUCCAACUUAAUGGACCGAAUGGUGAACGAAUCUAGACUGCCCGGGGAAAGAACGGGAAUUGGUUUUGACCCCAGCUCCUCUUCACAAAUCGGCUUGAACAAAUCCACCAAUGCUUAUUCUCACGAGAGUUUUCAAUCAGCAUUUGUUCAAGGCCCCACCCAGGUGUCUGAGCCUAUGACGAAAGUUAACAAUGUCGCCAUACCACAAUCAACAAGCCAACCGAAAGGCAAGGCUGUACAACGAAUCGUGGAUCCUGGAAAUGAAAGAUCCUUCAAAGAGGACCAAGGAUGA